CUGUCCCUUUCUCUUUCAUCUUCAAUCUCAUCACGUUGUCACCCAUAAAUCUCUACUCUCUGCAACAAUUCUCACACAAACAAACGGAGCAAUGGCGGGAAACGACUGGAUUAACAGUUACUUAGAGGCAAUUCUGGAUGUAGGACCUGGACUUGACGAUGCUAAGUCGUCGCUGCUCCUCCGUGAGAGGGGCCGUUUCAGUCCCACUCGCUACUUCGUCGAUAACGUUAUCGGUUUUGAUGAAACUGAUCUUCAUCGCUCUUGGGUUAAGGCACAAGCAACGAGGAGUCCUCAAGAGAGGAACACUAGACUUGAGAAUAUGUGUUGGAGGAUUUGGAAUUUGGCUCGCCAGAAAAAGCAGCUUGAGGGUGAGGAAGCUCAAAGAAUGACCAAACGCCGCCUUGAGCGUGAACGGGGUCGCAAAGAAGCUGUGGCUGAUAUGUCAGAAGACUUGUCGGAGGGGGAAAGAGGAGAUACCAUCAGUGAUGUUUCUGUUCAUGGUGAUAGCCACAGAGGUCGUUUGCCCAGGAUUAGCUCUACAGAUGCAAUGGAGGCAUGGGCUAAUCAACAGAAGGGGAAAAAGUUGUACCUUGUACUGAUAAGCCUUCAUGGUCUAAUACGUGGCGAAAAUAUGGAGCUUGGGCGUGAUUCUGACACAGGUGGUCAGGUGAAGUAUGUUGUGGAACUUGCAAGGGCUUUAGCGUCAAUGCCAGGUGUCUACCGAGUUGAUUUACUUACUAGGCAAGUAGCAUCCCCUGAAGUAGACUGGAGUUAUGGUGAACCAACAGAGAUGCUCUCUCCACAUAAUUCCGAUGGUUUGACUGAAGAAAUAGGCGAGAGUAGUGGUGCAUAUAUAAUUCGUAUUCCAUUUGGUCCAAAAGAUAAAUAUAUUCCCAAAGAACUCCUAUGGCCUCAUAUCCCAGAAUUUGUUGAUGGUGCACUUGGCCACAUAAUACAAAUGUCAAAAGUCUUGGGUGAGCAAGUUGGUGGCGGUCACCCAGUGUGGCCAGUAGCUAUCCAUGGUCAUUAUGCAGAUGCUGGUGACUCGGCUGCUCUUCUGUCUGGUGCUCUAAAUGUACCCAUGCUCUUCACUGGUCACUCGCUAGGGCGAGAUAAGUUGGAACAACUUUUAAGGCAAGGCAGAUUAUCUAAAGAAGAAAUCAACGAUACUUACAAAAUAAUGCGUAGGAUAGAGGCUGAGGAGUUGACCCUUGAUGCCUCUGAGGUAGUCAUAACCAGCACCAGACAGGAAAUAGAGGAACAGUGGCGGUUGUACAAUGGUUUUGACCCAGUGUUGGAGCGCAAACUUCGAGCUAGGAUCAGACGUAACGUGAGCUGUUACGGCAGGUUCAUGCCUCGCAUGGUUGUAAUUCCUCCUGGGAUGGAGUUCAAUCAUAUUAUUCCACAUGAUGGUGAUAUGGAUGGUGAAGCAGAAGGAACAGAAGAUCGUCAAGCUUCUCCAGACCCGCCUAUUUGGGCAGAGAUAAUGCGGUUCUUUACCAACCCCCGCAAGCCUAUGAUACUUGCACUUGCUAGGCCAGAUCCUAAAAAGAACCUUACAACUUUGGUCAAAGCAUUUGGGGAGUGUCGUCCAUUACGGGAGCUUGCCAAUCUUACAUUAAUAAUGGGAAACCGAGAUAACAUUGAUGAGAUGUCAAGCACCAGUGCUUCCAUGCUUCUUUCAAUUAUUAAGAUGAUCGAUAAGUAUGAUCUUUAUGGUCAAGUGGCAUAUCCGAAACAUCAUAAGCAGAACGAGGUUCCUGACAUCUACAGUUUAGCAGCAAAGACCAAGGGUGUUUUCAUCAAUCCGGCGUUCAUAGAGCCAUUUGGGCUCACUUUGAUUGAGGCUGCAGCUCAUGGGUUACCGAUGGUUGCCACAAAAAAUGGAGGUCCAGUGGACAUACACCGUGUACUUGACAACGGUUUACUUGUUGAUCCCCAUGAUGAGAAGUCCGUUGCUGAUGCCUUGUUAAAGCUCGUGGCAGAUAAGCAACUUUGGUCAAAAUGCAGGUCAAACGGUUUGAGAAACAUUCACCUAUUCUCGUGGACCGAGCAUUGCAAAACUUAUCUCUCACGGAUAGCAAGUUGCAAACCAAGGCAACCAGGGUGGCUAAAAAACGAUGACGAUGAUGAAAAUUCAGAAUCCGAAUCACCAAGUGAUUCUUUAAGAGAUAUGCAGGAUAUAUCACUGAAUUUGAAGCUCUCCAUGGAUGGUGAUAAAGGAAAUGUUUUUAGCUCGUUUGACUCUGAAGAUCGAAAGAGUAAAUUAGAGAAUGCCGUUAUGUCGUAUUCGAAAGGUGUUGUGAAAGGAGAAAAAUCCGACCAAGCCAAGUUUCCGGCAUUGAGAAGGAGGAAGCAUAUUUUUGUAGUUGCAGUUGAUGCUGAUGAUAUUGGAGGUCUUUUCGAAAACGUUAGGAAGAUAUUUGAGGCCGUAGAUAAGGAGAGGAGCGAAGGUUCCAUAGGAUUUAUAUUGGCGACAUCGUUACAGAUGGCAGAAGUUCAUUCUUUUUUGGUCUCAAAAGGCUUAAAUCCAUCUGAAUUCGAUGCUUUCAUUUGCAACAGUGGGGCUGAUCUCUACUACACGUCUUCCCAUUCCGAAGAUAACCCCUUUGUAUUCGACCUGUAUUACCAUUCACAUAUUGAAUACCGAUGGGGUGGUGAAGGGCUGAGGAAGACUCUAGUCCGAUGGGCGUCUUCUAUUAUCGACAAGAAGGCGCAGAAUAAAAACGAAGAGCAUGUUGUUACAGAAGAUGAAGCAGUUUCAACCAACUAUUGUUAUGCUUUCAAAGUUCACAAUCCAGCACUGGUUCCUCCGGCAAAGGAACUCCGGAAGUUGAUGAGAAUUCAUGCACUCCGUUGUCACGUUAUUUAUUGCCAGAAUGGGAGGAAGAUAAACGUCAUCCCAGUGUUGGCGUCUCGUUCCCAAUCCCUCAGGUACCUAUAUCUCCGAUGGGGUAUGGACUUGUCAAAGGUUGUGGUUUUCAUCGGCGAAAGUGGAGAUACCGAUUACGAAGGGUUUCUUGGUGGUGUUCAUAAGUCUGUUAUACUGAAAGGAGUUAGUAACAACCAACUUCAUGCCAACAGAAUCUACCCACUCUCCGACGUCAUGCCGACAGACAACCCUAACGUUAUUCAGACACCCGAAGCGUUCACCAGCGCUCACAUUCGCACAUCAUUGGCAAAACUCGGAGUUCUCAAAGAAUAAAAACCGUUGCAAUAUUCACAUAUGAAUAGGAAAACUGAGAAAAAGUCGAAUGACCAGGUGAUGUGUUUCCUGUUGUUUUUGUUCAAAUUUUCAAUAUGCUUUAACAUGAACUCCGGUUUAUAAAACUACAAGAAACUUAUAUUGUACAGCGGUCCAAAGGUAGUCGUUUUUU